GUUCAUAGGAACACACUGAGCAUAGUAAACUCUUGAUGAAAGGAACCAGGUAGAAGAAUCAUAUUGCUCCUCAUGGAGAAGAUGAAAAACUUCUUCCUGGCUAUUCUGGCUACUGGCUUUUUCUCAUGUGCUUUUGGUAGCCAAGUGUAUAAGACCAUUUCAUGUGAGCAUUAUGAAGAAGAGAUUGAACAGAAGCACCACAUAUGCUCCAUUCGACUCAGCCCAUUGUGUGCCUCCAACAAUGUUACGUACUCUAAUUCUUGUGUGUACUGCUUCGCCAACAUAGCUUUGAAUUAUACGCUUACAAUUCGACAUGGAGGAGUAUGCAGAAAAUCUCCAGCAUCUUGAGUAUGACAUGAGUUUUCCUCAUUCAUCACAAGUGAAACCUUUAGAACUAAGCAUUGCCUUUCCUUCAUAAAGUGGAAUUCAUUGUAUUGUCUUAUUUUUUCUAAACAAUAAAUAUUAUCUAAUGGAAA